ACUCUCAACUUUUGCGCCACUUGAUGUAGUUUCGGGUAAUGGCUUAUAAAUCUAGACAUCAUAUUGAAGUAAGCUCAGUUGCACUGGUAGACUUAAAAGCAGAAAUAUCAAGAAGACAAAUUGAAGUUAAACAAAGAGUUGAGAAACAUCCAGAUGGCUGUAAUGUGAUAAGGAAUCGUUCUGCUGAAUUAAAACCUGGCAAAGUAUCACUGUGGAAAACUUCAAAAGAACAAAUCUUAGAAGAGCGUACAAGGUUGGAAUCUGAAAACAUACCCUCCGAUGCUGAAGAGUAUGCAGAAUGGGAAAAAAGUAGAAGAGCAUUAGAAGCUAAAGCAAAACUCUACGAUGCUCUACGAGAAGCUGCAAUGUCUGGAAAGAAACCUAAUUUGACAAAGAGAGAUGAAAAUGAUGGAGACAUUCUGGUUGAUUUUGAACAAAAAGCCACAGAAAAUUUAAAUUUAGUUCCUCCGGAUUCUCCUACGCGUUCUUGCUCUUCUUUUACUAGUGAUGACGACUCUGAUAAUUAUCCCGCUGGUUGUAGUGAUGAAGAAUGGGAGGAUUAUACAGAUGAACGUGGUGUCAAACGAGUUUGUAUGCGCAAAGACCUGUCUAGUCACAUGAAGCAGUCUAGUCCACCUAAACCAGAUGGUCCACUCACAUAUGCACAUUUGAGAGAAGGAGAAAUACGCGAUCAUGGUGUUGGAUUCUAUUCUUUUUCUACAGAUCUUGAACAGAGAGAGGCUGAAAUGAAUCGCUUACGAGAACUUCAUCGGGCUACUGAAGAAGGACGUGCUCGAGCUGAAGCGAUUCGAGCGAAAAGAGAUGCUAAAAUGGGUCAACGUCUUGCACGCUUGCGUGCUCGUAAAGGUUUACCAGAUGUAGCAACUGCUGCUGCACAGUGUCUAGGAGAGGCUGCAGUUCCUGCAACACCUACUCCAAUAGGUGCAGAUGCCCAAUCUGAUAUUCGUCUGAGUAACGAUGAUCUAGAUGUUGCGUCUAUGUUGCGUAGAUUACGCGAUGAAGCUGAACAUAGAGCUGCUAUCAAUAAUAGUAAAUUGAGUGAAUCGACAAACAGUAUCCCUCCUGAGCCUGAGCCUGAACAUAGAACAAAUUUAGCUGAUGUACUAGCAUCUCAAAAUCCAAGCCGUCCAUCCUACGGUAGUAAACAAAGAGAAUGGGAUAAAGGAAAGUCAAUGAUUUCAGCACAGCGUUACAUUCAAGAAGAACGUGAUAAGCGAAUUGCAGACUUUGCCCCUCCAUCUCGUUACUAAAAUUUUUUUUGUUUGUAUAUAUCUUUUUAGCAGUGAAAUAUCAAACUUUACCUGUCACCUAUUGUUUUUACAAAAAGUUCGUCUGUAUUUGUAUGAAUGAUAUUUUAACUACAACAGACAUCGUUUUGUGAUACAUAAUCUACCAAACAUCUAAAUCAUUGUGCUAUACUGGCUAGCUCAGACUAUAGUUAAAAAAGGCUAUUAGUCUCCAGAUCAUUGAAGGAUGUUAGUUAUUAAAGUCACCAAUCCAUCGAUAUAAACUGUGUAGCGAGGUCCAUGUUUAUUGAUUGAGGUUCGCGAGAUAACAGUCGGUCGUAGCUGCGUUGACGUAUCCGCUGCAAAGCCUACCUCAGGUCGAGGCACGGUAGAUACAGUUGUCAUUUUGAGAGAUAUCAUCCUAAAUUGUACAUUACCUUCUAACGGAUAAGAACAGGAUAAACUCCCGUUAGGUAUCUGGUGGAAGUUUAUUUAAUCUGAAAAUGGGGUUUUCAAUAGUGAAAUGAAAUAAUAACGUCAAAAUAAUGUUUAAAAGAAAACCAACUAAACAAGACUAAGCAGCUGUUUUACUCCCAAUUUAAAAAUUCUCAUUGUUGUUCAGUCCUCACAUCCUCGUAUUUUCGCAAUACAAAAGGCGCGAUACUAUUUAGUUGCUGAGUUAUGCAAUAUAGUAGUUUAGAAUUUCUAACUUCAAUCCACUCAUAAUAUAGUACGAUAAACAUCAAAUGUUACCAGUAACUGGUAACCCUCACUGUCUAUGAUUCUGUAUGCAUGUCUGGUUACCAGUGCAAUCCACCA